AUUCAAAGUUUUGCUAUGGGGAAAUGAUUGGAAACAAGGCAUUGUUUUUAAUAAACAGACUCUUGCCUAGAUCAACAUCUUUGGCAUUAGUCCAAAAAUCGUAUAAGUGCAUCAGCUAUAAUUCAGGAUUAAUAACUUCCCCAUGCAAAACAAAAUACUCCAACAAUUUGGUCCAACAAAAGUUCCCAUUAAAUUUCUCCCAGUUAGAUGGAAACAGACACAACAAAUCGAAUUUGUUACAACAGUCAAAAUGUUCAUUGGACUUACUUAAGGCCUUUCCCAAAACCUUUACUGUCGCUCAAAAAGGCCCGAAUAGAAGAAAAAAACGGGUCCCUAAAUUGAUAUUACUGCAAAAUCCCUUUAGAUGGCUGAUGACAAAAAUCGAUUUUAGUGUGUUAAGAAGUGUAUGGGACCCAUCAUUUACUGAAAAGGACUUUAAAUUUGGUACUAAACAGGCAAUAUCACGAGUAACUCAAGUGAUAAGUGACGGCAAGUACGAGCAACUGAACGGUCUUCUCACAAAGCCUGCUCGUUUAAGUCUGCUCAGAGAACUGGAGCGGAACUGGAACAAUCGGCACCGCGCACUGUUGGCACUCAAACACGAAGACAUACAAAUAUCUUCGCCAAGGAAAGUGUACUUCAUACGGAUUGCUGAUAAAAAGUUCUGCGACGUCGACAUGUCUUUUCUGGCGCUUAAAUGGGUACCGAUAAACGCCGUGGACUCGUUGAUAUUUACGGAGAUUUUCGCGAGAUUUCAUCGCGAAUACACACCUCACUGUAUUCCAGAGUGGACCAUAGCGUAUUUUAAAAUAACACGUUUCGAAGUUCUGAGACGAUAGAU